CGUCAUCGUGUGAUGAAGUGGCGAACAAGGAGGGUAGGAGAGAAGCAUCAACGAAUUCACUGCUAAAUGAUGGUGGCGUGUGACCUGCUGCGAAGGAUCAUCAGAAUCCUGUACCUGUCCAAGCGUCUGCAGGGCCAGCUCCAGUGGGGAAGCAGGGAGAUUACCAAGGCUGCCCAGAGCCUCAACGAACUGAACCCGACCCAGGCGCGCACGUCCCUCCAGGUGUUCCGUAACCUGGGCAGUCUGAGGGAGACCAUCAGUGUUGGUGGUGGAGGGCUACCGGACCACCAUACAGGACAAACGUCACCACCGCCUUGGAUAUCAAGGGACUCACCCAGUCCGCUGACAACAGAGGUGCGCCUGGCAGAGCCCCAGGUAACACGACAGCGUUUCGAGCUGCUCUCUGGACCAACCUAGAGAAACUCAUGGACCAGAUCAGUGCCCACUUGCAGACAGGUGCAACACCUCCAGAAGGUCUUGACGAAGAAGAGAGACCCUGUCACUCACGUCUGCUUCAUCAGUGAGAUCAUUAAGGACGGCCAGCCUGAUAUCCUCUACACGUUUUGGAGUGUUGUCACACACACUCUCUCAGUGGAGUUGCAGAGAGCAACGGCUGGUGAGGCUACAUAGUAAUGUCUGUUUCACAGAGUAACGCUGAUGCACCCUAAUAGCAGUGUGUGUGCUUACUCUCUCUCUCUGCGUCUCUCUCUCUCUCUCCCUCAUACAUUUCUCUUCAUCUUCUCUCUUUCAGGCAUAGCGUUAUGCCACGUCGCCUGCAAGUAAUGCUGUACCUGCAUUUCCAUGCGUUUGUGUGAGUGUA